AUGCGGGUCGGCUCGGAGAAGCCGGACGGGUUCAAUUUGGAGGGGAUUUUCCUCAAUUGCCCCUUCUUCGGAGGCGUGGAUCCGAUUGGGAGCGAAACGACUGAGCCGUUCCGGAGUGGGGUGGAGUUUAGUGAGAGACUGUGGCGAUUUGCUUGCCCGAGCUUUACGAAUAGCGACGCGGGAUGGGUGAAUCCGGGUAAGGAUCCGAAGAUAUCGGGUUUGGGUUGCGGGAAAGUGCUUGUUUACGUAGCAGAGAAGGAUUUUCUCAAGGACAGAGGGCUGUAUUACAAGGAGGUGCUGAACAAUUGUGGAUGGAAGGGUGAAAUCGAGUGCGUUGAGGUUGCAGGGGAAGGGCAUGUUUUCAGUGUGAUUGUUUCGGAUAAUGAGACUGGGAUUGAUAUGAUUAAAAAAGUGGCUUCUUUUAUCAAUAAGUAA